GUUUUUGUUGUUUUUUUGGCACUUCAUAUUUGUCAGUUGUGCGAUUACGUGAAUUCUGUUGGAGGUAUAACGUUUGUGUUUAGUUUGCCAUCAAAAUGAACGCAGCCCCACGCGCCGCCUUUAAUCAACUACUACGCCGCGGCUACAGCCAAGCGACAAAGGGUACAGGUGCUUCAAAACCCACACCAAGCAGCGGCAGCAGAGUCGCCGCUACGCCUGGAGCAGCAGCUCCCGUUAAAAAUGUAACAGGACUAAGUAGCGCCUGUGUAAAGCCAACAUCGACACCAGUUGGCCCUGGAGCAUCUGCAACUAGCGGCUACAAAGUUCCGGAAUAUUUCUGCUUCAAUCGGUUCAGUUAUGCUGAGGCUGAGGUCGAAAUGGCUAAAUACCGUUGCCCACAGCCAUCAGCGUUGAUUAAAAACUAAAAUACUGUAAUUAUCGUGCAAACGCCAUAAAAAAUGUUAUUAAAUAAAUACAUAUAUAAUAAAUGAUGAUAUGAAAAUAUA